UAAUUCUGAAACACACACUACGUGCUUUUAAAGAACGAGUCUAGUUUCCAUGCCUUUUUUCCAUGCAAUAAUUAUUUUAGGGUUCUUUUCAUUCCACCAUACUUUCUUCGGUGCACUCCGCCAUGGUGUUACGUGAUUAAACAAUCGUCUUCCUCUGUCGCAUUUCGAAAACGUGAUCAAAAGGUGUUUCGAUUUUUCAUUGCCUUUGGCAUACAAGUGAUUUUCCGCAUCGAAUAAAAAUGGAUGUUUCUCCGGCUAGUUUCCUCUACAGUUUCUCGAUAUUUUGUCUUACGUUGUCGAUCACAUUCAUAUUUUCUUUUGCAUUGCUGACUUGGAUUUUGAGCCGGGUACUAGGUGCAUCAGUUGGAUUUUGCGUUGGUGGAUGUAAUAGUUUAAGAGACGUGGCAGUAAAGUUUAAAAAGGGUCCUAUUGAAUCUGUAUCUAUUGGUGAAAUUAAACUCAGCUUACGCCAUUCCUUGCUUCAACAUGGUGUGGGUUCUAGUUCAGGGGACCCAAAGUUGCAACUAAUAAUAUGCAACUUAGAAGUUGCUACGCGACCUUCAAUCAAAAGCAGCUCUAGCUCUGAGAAGAAGAAAACUCGAAAAUCCAGUGGUCGUUCUUCUGGAUCUGGCAAGGGAAAGUGGAAGACCAUAAGCAAUAUUGCACGAUAUUUGUCACUUUGUGUGACAAACUUGGUUUUGAAGACACCUAAAGGUACUGUUGAACUUGGGAAGUUGAAUGUUGAUAUAUCUAAAGAUGGUGGAUCCGAGUCAAAUUUGUUGGUUAGAGUACAAAUAUUACCCAUUGUUGUUAACCUUCCCGAGGCUCAAGUUACCAGUAAUCAGUUAUCUGAUUCUAGUAGUGGAGGACUCAAUGCUUCAAGCCAAGCAUCUAUUGCUGCUACAGAAAAGGCUCCGGCUACUUUUAUCUGUGAAAAAUUCUCUGUCUCAUGUGAAUUAGGCCAUGAUAGUGAAGUGGGUAUAAUUAUAAGGAAUUUGGAAAUUUCCACUGGAGAAGUCACUGUGAAUUUGAAUGACGGGUUGCUUGUGAAAAAAAAGAGUUCAUCGGAAUCUUCUUCUGGCUCUGAGAAAAAUAAAGUGUCAAAUGUUGAAUCUAUGAGCACAAAAGACCCUUCCAAGAAGCAGCAAACACUUGCAGGCCAUAUUUCUAAGUUUCCUCAAAAGGUCAGCCUCAAUCUGCCAAAGCUGAAUGUGAGUUUUGUGCAUCGUGAACAUAGUCUCUCUGUUGAAAAUAACAUCAAGGGCAUCCAAUUCAAAAGCAUCAAAUCACGACCCGCCAAAGAUGUUGGGGAGAGUACACGUCUUCAUUUUCAAUUUGAAUUUAGUGAAAUUCAUCUUCUUAGAGAAGCUGGUUCUUCCAUCCUGGAGAUAUUGAGGCUGAACCUGGGAGCAUUUGUGUACAUCCCUGUACAGUCAGUUAUGCGUGUUAGAGCUGAAACUGAAAUCAAGCUUGGAGGUUUACAAUGCAACAUCAUAAUGAGCAGAUUAAAGCCUUGGUUGGUCCUACAUUCAUCUAAUAAGAAGAAGAAAAUGGUUCUUCGGGAAGAAGCUCCUGUUGUAAAACCAAAAUCAACUGAUAGUAAGAGUAAGACCAUCAUCGUGUGGACAUGUAAUUUUUCAGCUCCUGAGAUGACAAUAAUGCUUUCUAAUAUGGCUGGUUCUCCACUGUAUCAUGGUUGCUUACAAUCAACACAUCUAGUCGCAAACAACACUUCGAAUAUGGGGACUACAGUGCAUACUGAACUGGGUGAAUUAAACCUCAACUUGGCUAAUGAAAAUCAAGAAUUCUUGAAAGAAAGUAUUUUUGGCGCUGAAUCAAAAUUUGGCUCCAUUUUGCACAUUACAAAGGUAAAAUUGGAUUGGGGAAAAAAGGACGUGAAAUCCUCUCAAGAAGAUGGUCCUAAGAGUGUGCUAAGUUUAUCAGUUGAUGUGACUGGUUUGGGAGUUUAUCUAACUUUCAGGCGUAUAGAAUCAUUCAUAUCAACUGCAAUAUCCUUUCAAGUUCUGUUGAAAAGCCUUUCUGGUUCAAAGAAGAAAACAACGCAGACCCGGGGGCGUUCAUCAUCAUCAAAAAAUUCAGGGAAGGGAGCUCAAAUGGUGAAGUUCAAUCUGGAAAAGUGUUCAGUGUAUGUAUUGGGGGAGACUGGAUUAGAAAAUACAGUUGUUCCUGAUCCGAAGCGAGUUAAUUAUGGUUCACAGGGUGGUAGAGUUAUAAUAAAUGUGUCAGCAGAUGGUACCCCACGCAGUGCGAGCAUAAUGUCCUCUGUUUCCAAUGACUACCAGAAGCUAAAGUACUGUAUUUCUCUUGAAAUUUUUCAUUUUAAGGUGGGUUUGAACAAGGAGAAAAGAUCCACACAGAUAGAGCUUCAAAGGGCCAGAUCUAUCUAUCAGGAAUAUUUGGAGGAAAAUAAGCCAGUACCAAAGGUGGCAUUAUUAAACAUGCAAAAUCUCAAACUUGUUCAACGCUCAGGUAGCCUUAAAAAUGCAUCCUGUUCUCUUUUCAGUGCUACUGACAUUACCAUGAGGUGGGAGCCUGAUGUACAUCUAUCACUAAUUGAACUGGUUCUCCAGCUGAAAUUGGUUGUACACAAUACAAAGCUGCAAGAACGUGGUAAUGAACAUGUUGAAGACAUGUCUCAUGUAGGAGAUUCUAAUAAGAAAAAUGAAGCUACUGUGGAAUCAGUGCCUCUUGAAAAGAAGAAAGAAUCUGUUUUUGCUGUCGAUGUAGAAAUGUUAAAUAUAUCUGCUGGACUAGGAGAUGGAGUUGAGGCUAUGGUUCAGGUGCAGUCAAUUUUUUCUGAGAAUGCUCGUAUAGGAGUGCUCCUUGAAGGGCUCAUGUUUAAUUUUAAUGGGGCCAGAAUCAUCAGGAGUAGUCGAAUGCAGGUUUCACGGAUUCCUAGUAAAUCUGCUAGUGCAUCUGAUUCAAAAACCACAGUAUGGGAUUGGGUAAUUCAAGGUCUGGAUGUUCACAUUUGUAUGCCUUACAGAUUGCAAUUGCGUGCUAUUGAUGAUGCUCUAGAGGAUAUGUUGCGUGCUUUGAAGCUUAUUGUUACUGCCAAGACAAAUAUAAUUUUUCCUGUGAAGAAAGACAGUUCUAAAGCUAAAAAGCCUAGUUCAGUAAAAUUUGGAUGUGUAAGGUUUUUCAUACGCAAGUUAACUGCUGAUAUUGAAGAGGAACCACUCCAGGGAUGGCUUGAUGAACAUUAUCAUCUGUUGAAGAAGGAAGUUGGUGAAUUAGCUGUGAGGUUAAACUUUUUUGAUGAAUUUAUAUCCAAGGUCAAGCAAGAUCCAAAAUCUACUGAUGACACCAAUAAUUCUUCUCAAGAAAAAACGGUUUAUUUUAAUGAUGUUGAGGUUGAUGUAAAUAACUCUUCAGUUAUUGAAUCAGUGAGAGAAGAAAUUUAUAAACAAUCAUUCCGAUCAUAUUAUCAGGCAUGCCAAAACAUAGUGUUAUCUGAAGGGUCAGGUGCUAGUAGAGAUGAUGAGUUUCAAGCUGGUUUCAAACCUAGUGCUUCAAGGAUUUCUCUUCUUACACUGUCAGCAUCAGACUUAGAUGUAACCUUGACAAAAAUUGAUGGUGGAGAUGAUGGGAUGAUUGAAGUUUUGAGGAAGCUUGACCCUGUUUGUCUUGAAUGUGACAUACCAUUUUCCAGACUGUAUGGGGCAAACAUUCUCUUAAAUACAGGUUCUCUUGUGGCCCAGAUUCGUGAUUACACAUAUCCUCUUUUUGCUGGAAGUUCUGGUAAAUGUGAAGGUCGUCUUGUAAUGGCCCAGCAGGCAACUAGCUUUCAACCUCAAAUGCUUCAAGAAGUCUAUGUUGGGGAAUGGAGAAAGGUAAGCAUGCUUCGAUCAGCUACUGGUACUACUCCACCAAUGAAGACAUACACAGAUUUGUCAUUACAUUUUCAGAAAGGGGAAGUGUCAUUUGGGGUGGGCUAUGAACCAGUUUUUGCUGAUAUUAGUUAUGCUUUCACUGUGGUGCUACGGAGGGCUAAUCUAAGUGUUAAGAAGCCUGGUCCACUUAUUGUUCCACCAAAAAAGGAGAAGAGUUUGCCAUGGUGGGAUGACAUGAGAAAUUACAUUCAUGGAAGAAUUUCCUUAUUAUUUUCUGAAACAAAAUGGCAUAUUUCGGCAAGUACAGAUCCUUAUGAAAAGCUUGAUGAACUUGGAAUUCUUACUAGCUCUAUGGAAAUUCACCAGUCAGAUGGUCGUGUUUUUCUUUCUGCAGAAUAUUUCAAGAUUUUAUUGACCAGUUUGGAGAGUAUGGCAAACAAACGUGGUUCCAAAAUUCCACCCUGUGUUUCUGGGGUAUUUUUUGAUGUCCCAGUAUUUACACUUGAAGUUAAUAUGGACUGGGAUUGUGACUCUGGCCAACCAUUGAAUCAUUAUUUAUUUGCACUUCCGAUUGAAGGGAAACCUCGUGAUUUUGUAUUUGAUCCCUUCAGAUCCACUGCUCUUUCCCUUCGAUGGAACCUAUCUUUUAGAUCAUUUCCUCCUUCGUCAGGAAAACAAUGUUCAUCCUCUGUUGAAAGAGAUCGUACAGAAGGAGAAGCUACUGUAUGUCAACCUCCUCGCACUUUUCAGAAUGCUUCACCUGCUUCCCCAACAAUAACUCUUGGUGCUCAUGAUCUAGCAUGGAUUAAAAGAUUCUGCAACUUGAACUACCUUCCCCCACAUAAACUGCGCAUGUUCUCCCGUUGGCCUCGUUACGGUGUUCCAAGAAUUGUCAGAUCAGGCAAUCUUGCACUAGAUAAAGUAAUUACUGAGUUUAUGCUCCGUAUAGAUUCCACACCAAUUUGUAUAAAGAACAUGCCAUUAGAUGAUGAUGAUCCAGCCAAAGGACUGACCUUCACGAUGACAAAGUUGAAGUUUGAAUUGUGUUUUGGUAGGGGCCAGAAAAAGUUUACUUUCGAAAGCCAACGUGACCUUCUUGAUCUUGUUUACCAAGGUAUUGACCUUCAUAUGCCCAAAGUUUUCCUAAGUAAAGAAGAAGAAGACUGCUGUAGUGUUGCUAAAUUAAUUAGCAUGGCAACAAAAAGCUCAAAAUCUGCAUCCAAGGAUAAAAUUCCCUCUGAAAAAGGUUAUAUGACACAUAAAAGUCAUGAUGAUGGAUUUCUUUUAUCCGGUGAUUACUUCACUAUAAGAAAACAGUCUCCAAAGGCUGAUGCUGCCACUUUGGUAGCCUGGCGUGAAGCAGGAAAAACAAAUGCUGAGACUGACAAGACCUAUGUACGGCCUGAGCAUGAAAAUCGUAGCAAAUCUGGUGAGCAUGCACAAUCAGACCAUAGUGACGAUGAUGGGUAUAAUGUGGUAAUUGCGGAUAGUUGUCAGCGUGUGUUUGUCUAUGGUCUCAAGCUUCUGUGGAAUAUUGAAAAUAGAAAUGCUAUUUGUUUCUGGGUUGCUGGUCUUUCCAAAGCCAUCCAAGCUGCCAAGCCUUCUCCUUCUCGACAGUAUGCACAGAGAAAAUUACAUGAGGAUAAAAAAAAGCUUGAUGUAACUGAAACUAAUCAAGAGGAAGGAGCUGAGACCAAUCAAGAUGAUAGAGCUGAAACCCAUCAAGAUGAUGGAGCUGAAAACCAUCAAGAUGAUGGAGCUAAAACCCAUCAAGAUGAUGGAACAAAAACCAAUCAAGAUGAAGGAGUUGAGACCAAUCGAGAUGAAGGAGCUGAGACCAAUCAACAUGAAGGAGGUGAGACCCAUCAAGAUGAAGGAGCUGAAACCCAUCAAGAUGAAGGAGCCGAGACCCGUCAAGAUGAAGUUUCUCAGUGCCUUAACAACAAUAGCAUCUCAGAUUCUCCAUCUGCUCAAGCUGCCAAGAAUACUGGAUCACUUUCAUCCCCACCACCUUCCGAUACCCAUCAAGAUGAAGUUUCUGUGUGCCUUAACAACGAUAGCAUCUCAGAUUCUCCCUCUUCUCAGGCUGCCAAGAAUCCUGGAUCACUUUCAUCCCCACCACCUUCGGAUAAUGUGGACAACUUGCCAUCUACUAAAAAUGAGAAGGCUGAUGACCCAGAGGAGGGGACUCGACACUUUAUGGUUAAUAUUAUUGAACCACAGUUUAAUCUUCACUCAGAGGAUGCAAAUGGUAGGUUUUUGCUUGCUGCUGUAAGUGGCCGCAUUUUAGCCCAGUCAUUUCACUCAGUCCUUCAUGUUGGUUACGAGUUUAUAGAGCAUGCAAUUAGUACUACAGAUGAACGUAGUAGUGAAUACCAGCCUGAAAUUGCAUGGAAAAGAAUGGAGUUGUCUGUUAUGUUGGAGCAUGUGCAAGCCCAUGUUGCACCAACAGAUGUUGAUCUAGGGGCUGGAGUACAGUGGCUACCGAAAAUUCUCAGGGGCUCUCCAAAAGUAAUGCGUACAGGUGCCCUUCUUGAGAGAGUUUUUAUGCCUUGUAAUAUGUACUUUCAGUUCACAAGGCACAAAGGAGGAACUCCAGAACUGAAGGUGAAACCCUUGAAGGAGCUCACAUUCAAUUCUCAUAAUAUAACGGCAACAAUGACAUCUCGCCAGUUUCAGGUCAUGCUGGAUGUGUUGUGCAAUCUUCUCCUUGCACGGGUUCCCAAGCCUCAAAAAAGUAGCCUGUCGCUUUCUCUUGAAGAUGAUGAAGUGGUCGAAGAAGAAGCAGAUGAGGUGGUACCUGAUGGUGUUGAAGAGGUGGAACUUGAAAAAAUCAACCUUGAAAAGAAAGAGAGGGAACAAAACUUGCUUCUUGAUGAUAUAAGAAAACUGUCUCUUUGGCAUGACCUUUCCACAGAUCCACAUCCAGAAAAGGAAUCAGACUUGUGGAUGAUAGAUGGUGGAAUAGCCAUGCUGGUCCAAGAACUUAAGAGAGAACUUGUAAAUGCACGAAAAUCUUGGAAGGAAGCAUAUGCAUCGUUAAGAGUAGUUAUGCAAAAAGCUGCACAACAGCGGUUAAUGGAGAAGGAGAAGAACAAAAGUCCUUCUUAUGCUAUGCGCAUAUCCAUGCAAAUUAACAAAGUUGUUUGGAGCAUGCUCCUGGAUGGUAAAUCCAUUGCUGAAGUUGAGAUCAAUGACAUGAUCUAUGACUUCGACCGGGAUUAUAAGGAUGUGGGCAUUUCUCUGUUUACUACAAAAUAUGUUGUUUUCAAAAACUGCCUGCCUAAUGCCAAAUCUGAUACGAUUCUGUCAGCAUGGAAUCCCCCACCCGAUUGGGGAAAAAAAGUGAUGCUUAAAGUUGAGGCAAAACAGGGAGCUCCAAAGGAUGGAAGUUCUCCCUUUGAACUUUUCCAGGUAGACAUUUAUCCCCUUAAGAUCCAUUUGACAGAAACGAUGUACAGAAUGAUGUGGGGGUAUUUCUUUCCGGAUGAAAAAAAGGAUUCACAAAGCCGACAGGAGGUUUGGAAGGUUUCAACCACAGCUGUUGCAAGGCGUGGAAAAAAAGGUUCCCAAGAAGGUUCUGCUUCAAGCGCAACGAAAGAAACUGAGGCCCCAGCCAGAUCUGGCUUCUCUGCAAUGCUAUUUCCCACAGCCAGUCCGUCUUCUGCCCAAGCUGAUUCAGCCAAAGCAGCCAAAGCCCAAAAUGUCAAAGCUAACCCUGGUACUGGUGCCGAGUUGAAUGAUAAAACACAAGAGACUGCAGGAGAAUCUGUAGCUGAUGAACAAGAUGAAGCAUCCAAGAAUAAACCAAAAGAUUCCAAAGGUGUCCAAGCUGGUCAUUCAUCUCUUGAAGAAAAGAAGGUAGCUAUGCCACCUGAAGAGAAGAGAUCUAGACCACAAAAGAUAAUGCAAUUUCAAAACAUCAAAAUUAGUCAGGUGGAAUUGUGUGUUACAUAUGAAGGGCAAAGAUUUGUUGUGAAUGAUCUUAAAUUAUUGAUGGAUCAAUUUCAGCGAGUUGAGUUUACCGGGACUUGGCGAAGACUUUUCUCACGAGUUAAGAAGCAUAUCAUAUGGGGAGUCCUCAAGUCUGUGACUGGAAUGCAGGGCAAGAAAUUUAAAGACAAAGGUCAGAGUCAGCCCCCUAGUACUGCUGCUCUAGAAGUGGACGUUAAUCAUCUUAGUGACAAUGAAGGCCAAGGAGGAAAAUCUGAUAAGCUUCCACCAGCUUGGCCUACUAAGCGUCCAAAUGAUGGAGCAGGUGACGGAUUUGUAACAUCCAUUAAAGGACUAUUCAAUAAUCAACGCCGCAAGGCAAAGGCAUUUGUGAACAAGACAAAGAAAAGUGAGGGAGAAAAUGAAGCUCAAGGGGAAUUGACCGAAAAUGAUUCAGAGCCUUUUGCUAGGCAGCUCACCAUCACACAAGCUAAAAAGCUUAUAAGGCGCCACACCAAGAAGUUGCAGGCUAAAGGACAGAAAGAUUCGCCCUCAAAACAAACGGAAGCACAACCAUCAUCUCCAAAAGAGGAGAUCAUUACAUUUGACAGUGAUUCUUCAAGCGAUUCCUCACCCGAUGAAGCUUUUCAAGAAUAGGUUUUCUAAAAGAAUUCUUGCUUUUCAGAUGAUCAUGAAGCACGUUUCAUCUGAUUCUUGAAUGACUAAAGGAUGCAAAAUCUUGACAGCUGAUCUUUCUAAAUCAGCAAGUACCUCAGAUAAACACCCAACAGAAAGGCAACUUGAGGGUAGGACACCAAAAAUGGAAAUAGAACUUUUGACUUAAAAUUUGGAUAAUGUAUGAUUGAUGUUCAUUUCUAUUCAGUGUAUUAUUCCCUGGCAACCUCGGCCAUUGUUGAUAAAGUGACUUGCAUUCAUUUCUUCUCUAUCAAACAAUAGCUUCUGGAGUUCUGGUAAAUUGCAACGUUGGGCUCCUUAAUAUUUCAGAAAAUGAAAGCUUAAAGGUGACAUGAUUCCGCGUAAACAUUUU